GAAAAAUAGAUAUCUAUGGCUUCAUUUAAUAGAGAAUAAUUUUAUAUUAUUGAACGGGAUUAUUAUUUUUUGCAUUAUUUUUAUUUUUGAACGGAAAUGAUCGAAAUAAAAUUUUUUGCUAUGUUUGCAGGAAGGAAAAAGAGGAGGGGUCACGGACAUCUGUUAAUAGCAGCUGCCGUGAUGGCAGGUAAUUUCAUUCACGAAACAUUAAUAUUCUAAUAUGUGGAAUGCGUGAAAAUAAAGACUCAUUGUUCUGAUCAAGGUAGAAAGUUCGAUUCAUUCAGCGAAACUUUCUCGAUCAAUGCUCUCAAUCUCACAGCUCUAAUUAAUCUAAUGAAAACAGAAAAUAAUGCAGUCCAUUUAAUAUGGAAAUGGAAAAGAACGAGAUAUGAUUCACUGUUUGGAAACUCUGUUUAAAGCUUUUAUCUCUGCCCUCAUUUUUACAUUCGAGAGAACGCAAAUUUCUCCAAAAAACGAGCCAGAUUAACUAACAAGUCAUUUGUUUGCAGGCAUGAUGGCGCAACUAGCUUACGGAAAAAUAGCGUUCCUCGCUGGUACAGCUUUGCUGACGGCGAAAAUGGCUUUGGUCUUGAGCGCAAUUGUCGGUCUGAAGAAGCUCGUGUCAAGCGGAGGAGGUAGUCAUGAGGUAAUCUACGCGACGGCGUCCGAACAUGGAGGUGGCGGCGGAGGUGGUGGUGGAUACGGCGGCUGGCAACGAGCGAUGGAGGCGGUUUCACCAACCUGAAUCACAUAUUCAGAGAAUAUCCACAAUUUCGAGAGCUUUAUAAUUUAGUUACCGUAUACAUGUCUUUCUUGAUGCAUCCGUAGCGUCCUAAUGGCAUCGAUUUUUCGAGGCAUAGCAAUCGAAUCAUUAUUUUCUGUGUACAUUAUUUUCUGCUGCAAGACGAACGUACUACUUUGCGAGAAGUAUACCGUAACGAUGUUCGAAGGAGGGUAGGUUGAUUACUAAAUACUUUUCUUUGGAGAUUUUCGAUCGAUGCAAGAAUUAUAUCUUUUGGCAGAUAAAUCGAUGCGCAUCGAUUAAUUAUGUAUCAAUUAAUGUGCGGUGUGCAAUCAAGAAAGAUAAGUUUUGUGUUUGCAUUCAAGGUAUAACGUUUUGUGUGUGAAUUUAUAUUAUUAUUAUUUAAGUUUUAUAUCUAUUUAUGAU